AUGGUUAUUUUACUAUUGUUGGUGAUUUCCAAGAUCUACCAACCUUGCUUAGGAUUUGAAACCAUUAUGGAUGAUGUUUUUACUUACCACAAUGAGCAUCGCAGGAAUUGGAUGGUCCCAGAGUUUACAGAGUCCCAUACUCUAUCUGAAGACUCUAAGGAAUAUGCAAAAGAACUGGUUUCCAUGAAAAUCCCAGAUCAAAUAUUGUACGACCACGUUAAAGGGAAAAAUACCCCUGUGGAUCAGAUGGCUUUUCCCUUAUCCGAUCCAGAUAAAGAAAGGUAUACCGAAAACAUUUGCGAGUUUAAGAACAAUAUUUGUGUUAGGUACUGGUCUGUUGAAGGGGCAAAGUGCUAUGGCAAAUCAAAUAAAAGUAGGACCAAAGAUGAGGAAUCGCUGGCCGAAAAGUUCUCAGCAAUCACAUGGAAAUCCUCGUUGGAAAUUGGCUAUGGAUGGGCAGCCAAAGAUCCAAAAAACAAACAUGGAAGAAAGAUAUUGGUAGUAAGGUAUUCACCGCCUGGAAAUCAGCCUGGGGAGUACGAAGAUAAUAUCCUGAAUACGGAAUUUUUGGACUAUUACAAUUUGCCAGAAGUAGACGAGCCCGAAUUAGGCAGCAUUGUCCGAAAAUCUGAAGGAUCACAAAGAAGUGCAUUGGAAAAAGAAAUUUUUAUAACUUAUUUUGUCUUAAUAGUGUUAAUUUUAUGA